AUGCACCAUGAUUGCUCGUCGCCAAUUGUUCAUAGAGACAUAUCAAGCAAGAAUGUUUUGCUGGAUUUUGAUUAUGAAGCUCAUGUUUCUAACUUUGGCAUUGCUAAACUUCUGAAGCAAGGCUCAUCAAAUUGGACAAGCUUAGCAGGCACAUAUGAAUAUGUAGCACCAGAGCUUGCUUACACAAUGCAGGUGACUGAGAAAUGUGAUGUCUAUAGUUUUGGUGUAUUAGCACUUGAAGUAAUUAAAGGAAAUCAUCCUGGUGAUUUCAUCUAUUCUGCAUUGUCCCCAUCGACUAACAUAUUGCUAAAGGAUGCAUUGGACCAAUGCCUUCAACCUCCCACGGGUCAAGUUCGGGAUGAACUGAUAAAGAUUGUAACUAUUGCAACUGCUUGCUUACAUGCUAAUCCACAAUCUAGGCCAACCAUGCUCAUGAUUUCUAGGUGGUUAUCAUCCUCAAUUGUGCAGAUUCCUACAACAGUCUCACUUGGACAACUUGUCUGGGCCUAA